GUCGGGGAAUCGUUUGGGGGAAACGGAGGGAGGAUGUCGGUCCCGGAGGGAAGCGCGGCCGCGCUGGGGCCGCGGAGCAGCGCAGGGCCGGGCGGGCACGGCCCCGGCCCCGGCGGGCUCGGCACCCUCCGCUGGCGCACCAGGAAUUGAGGUACCGCGCGCUGGAGCGCUGGCAGAGCCGGGCUCCAGGUGCUCUUCCAGCGGCUCCUUUGGGUUACCUGCCCGUGUUUUUCAGGAGAGACAUUUACAAAUGCGGGCUGUGGCUUUCAGGGAACGGAAAGGUCCAAAUACCGGUAUCGGAGAGGACAAGCAAAUGUUUGUCAGGCUCAUUAUUUCAGAGUAUUUUGGAGCAGUGUUUUAGGAUCAGAUGCAGUUACAAGCCGCGGGUUGUUUUGGUCACGGCGAGGGACUGACUGCCUGUGCACGUUCUGCAGGGCUGUAGCGUGGAGCAUAGGCUAGGCCUCGCCGAGCUGACUCAGUUUUGGGGGGAAAAAACCCUAACUGAAGGGAAAAAAAAAAAAAAAAAAAAAUUUUUGAAGGCGGUGAAUUUGGAAGCGUACUAUCACCAGUAAAAUCUUUCAAAUACUCAUUUGAAGAAAGAGACUUAAUAUAAAUGGAGAGUGACUGUGACUACAGCAGCACCUGCAACACUAAGGAGCUUGCCAGGGCUUCAGCAGAAAUCUUUUAACAGGAUAAUUUGGACUUCAGCUCUUGGGAAAUGUCUUGGACUUCCAGAUUUCAGGCUGAAUAUUACGUAGAUACGUAGAAACUAUUUGUCAUCAGACGAGUUGCUUUCGUAAGAGGCAAAAUUUCAGCAAACAGAGACAUGAUGGGCUUGCCUGGGUUUUCCUUCUGUUUUCUUUAGUUUUAGUGGCUGAAAAAUAGUUUAGAUACUUGCAAAUAAAAAUUUGCGUGUGUUUAGCAAUGACAGUAAAGUCAUCUGUAUGUCUGUUUUAAAGUGAUAGUUCAGCUGUUACAGUUUCUGCCAUGAAUUGUGGAUAGUCUGUAACUCAGAGUCAGUAGUAAAAAAUAUAAAAGUUCACCUCCCUAUUAUUAUCAUACAUUUCCUCUAUAAGACAUAUGCAAUAAGAAGCCAGGCACUUGGAAAGUGUUCUUAAUCUUUUCAAAUCAUAUUCAAAUAACAACAAAGAAGAGCUGCUGAAUAUUCUAGUGGGUUUAUGCUGCUGCUCGUAGGCCCCAUCGCUGUACACGUGCUUGCCCCGCUGCCACGAGCAGUCUUGCUGAAAUUAAUGGAACUCUCCUUGGUGGUGAAGUUAAACGUGUGUGUGUAAUUGUUGUUGAGAAUAUGGCUUUAACAAGCAGCCAAAUACAGAGCUAGACUUAUGGAGAAAUGUAGGUGUAAUACAUCAUUUUGGUUCAUUGGUGUUGUAUCCGAUCCAGAGAACCAAGAUGUGUUGAUACCAAACCGUGUGUGUUUAUAGCAAAUGCAACAACUGUCCAGCCUCCUUUUUGGACCAAAUGAGGUGCUGGUGAAUCCGGUAAAAGCACAAUAGUCAAGCAGAUGAGGAUCCUUCAUGUGAAUGGAUUUAAUGCUGAGGAGAAGAAAAUGAAAAUUCAGGAUAUUAAGAACAAUAUUAAAGAAGCUAUAGAGACAAUAGUGACAGCAAUGGGCAAUUUGGCACCUCCAGUGGAACUAGCCAAUCCAGAGAACCAGUUUCGAAUCGACUACAUCUUAAAUUUAGCAAACCAGAUAGACUUCGAUUUCCCUCCGGAGUUUUAUGAACACACAAAAACACUUUGGCAGGAUGAAGGUGUGAAAGCCUGCUACGAGAGAUCCAACGAGUACCAGCUGAUUGACUGUGCACAGUAUUUUCUAGACAAGAUUGACAUAGUCAAACAGAACGAGUACACCCCGUCUGACCAGGAUCUUCUCAGAUGCAGAGUUUUGACAUCAGGAAUUUUUGAAACCAAGUUUCAGGUGGAUAAAGUAAAUUUUCAUAUGUUUGAUGUUGGAGGGCAACGAGAUGAACGCCGAAAAUGGAUCCAGUGUUUUAAUGAUGUGACUGCUAUCAUAUUUGUGGUGGCGAGCAGUAGCUACAACAUGGUGAUACGAGAGGACAAUCAGACCAAUCGGCUGCAGGAAGCACUAAACCUCUUCAAGAGUAUCUGGAACAACAGGUGGCUACGGACCAUUUCAGUAAUCCUUUUCCUGAAUAAACAAGAUUUGCUAGCAGAGAAAGUUUUGGCAGGGAAAUCUAAAAUUGAAGACUACUUUCCAGAAUUUGCUCGCUACACUACACCAGAUGAUGCAACACCAGAGCCUGGUGAGGAUCCCAGAGUUACAAGGGCCAAGUAUUUUAUUAGAGACGAGUUUCUUAGAAUCAGCACAGCAAGUGGAGAUGGAAGGCACUACUGCUACCCUCACUUCACAUGUGCCGUGGACACAGAGAACAUCCGGAGGGUUUUCAAUGACUGUCGGGACAUUAUUCAGCGCAUGCACCUUCGCCAAUACGAGUUGUUGUGAUGGAGAGCACUUUUUUCUGUGUUUUGGACUCCUUAUUCCUUAUUAAAAAAAAGAAAGAAACCACCCUUGCCCACAUAGGGUGGAAGAGAACUGUUUGAAUCUCCCAUUGAUUUGCACCCCUCAACUUUUUCUCCUUGCUGGACAAUAGCAGCACUUCUAAGCUUGCUUCUGUACCCCCCGGACAGUUUGAGAUGGCCCCUAACACUUAAAAGGCCAUUUCCAUGAGGAUUCCCUAACACUGUUAUUAACAAAUAAGAGAGGGAAAAAAAAAAAGGAAAAAAAACCAAAACAAAAACCAAAACAAAAAAAACCCCCUUAAUUAAUUAAAAUCCCUGAAUGCGGAGCACCUGAAAGAAUUGGGGAUGAAAAAAUUAAAACGUUGAAAUAAAAAUUGGGGGAGAGAAAACUUUAGGUAAUUUAGCACUGCUGUGGGCAUAAUCCUAUAACCCGUGAUCUCCACUUUGUAUCACUCACUGCAUCCGAGUAACGAAGGUGCCAAGUCACAGACCAAGUUUGAAGACAGACCCUUGAGUUUGGUUCUCUGACUGUAAUGUGGCUUUGGGCGGAAAUACUGACAAUUCUCCAACAGACCUAGACAGUGCAAAAACCAACUGCUACCUUUCAGAAGGGUAUUUUUAAAACCAGUCUUGGUGGUCUAAAGACAACCAUGGACAUUUAUGAAUUGAACUGCGUAUGGCCUGUGAUUGCAGAAAGAGUUAACCACACACUGUUUUCAGUUUGUCCACUGAUGAUCCCGUCUGCUCUAAAAAUCAUUAUCUGGACUGUAGUCCUCACAGUCUUUCCCUUCUUUUUCUUCUUCCCUUCCCUCAUUUUUUAUUUUACUGCUGGAUUAUUAUUCUUGUACAGACUGUAAAAUGUAUUAUUUUGUACAACUUUAUUGAAAAUAACUUGUAGAAGAUCUUUGUGCCUUGAUUAUGGCUGUACCUGUACAAUGAGCUAAGAUGUAAGUAUGUUUGAUUGCGCUGUACAGCUUUGUCAACCCUAUCUGCAGCAUUAGCUCAAGGUAGGGAAAAUUUAUCUGUAGUUUAGUUUUUCUGGUUUAUAAAAGAAGGAAAAAUACUGUUUAGUAAAAAAAAAAAGGAAAAAAAAAAGAAAAAAAAAAGAAAAAAGUACAAAUUGUGCAAACUUAACCACUUUAAAAGUGAGGUCUUCAACAAGUGACCAGAUGUUGCAGCAUCGUGCUUUUUAAUUUUUAGCUUUAAUUCAUUUAAAUCUCUAUCCAAAUGCAAAACAUGGCUUGUUUCUACAUAAAACCAAAUUUUGCUACAAAUUAUAAAUGUUAGUCUUUGGUCAUUCAUAGUCCUUUUUUUGCUAAAGACAAAAAAAAAAAAACAGAACAAUAACAGACACGUAGGGCAUCAUGCAGGUCUGGUGACCAUCUCUAGACUGGGCCAAAUACCCACCAACCUCGGCUUGCGCUGCGUGGGCAACGACUACCAGAAUGACAAGGUGUGCACUGCCCUUGGAUUUGGCCACUGAAUUCCAGUUUCAAAUGACAUUUUUAUUUCUCUUUUAAUAAAGAGAUACUUUAGAACCUUUUUUGUUUUAUAUUAACUAUAUAAGUAGCUUAAAAGUGAAGAUGUGUGGAUUUUUUCUUAAACUUGAAUAAUUUAUGCAAAUUAUAUGCUUAGAACAACAUGUGGUACAGUAAAAAGAAAAAAGAGCAAAAAUCACUGUAGCAAUAAGAGAGCAUGUAAUUUUAGUAACUACUACACUGCUUUAUAUUUUAUACCUAGGUGUUUUAUGUCUCUGUGAGUGUGUUACUUUUUCAUGUGUCUAAACCUACGUGUACAAUUUGUACAGAGUCAGAAAUUACAGCUGUAAUAACACAUCUAGAACAGUGUUAGCCUAUAUUACUCAAACACCCCUGUUCCCCCUUCAUUUACACCCCUAAACUGAUCUGGAUCUUAACUGCAGUGACUUUAAAAGGAAAAGAAACAAAAACAAACACCAAAAUUCUUGCCUCUUUGCCUUUCACACUAGCUUCCCUCCACCCAAGAGACCGUGUUGGCUUUCUUUUUUUGGGAAGAGAUCCAGUUUAAAUUCAAGUGAGGGUGUGGUCAGUGAUGUCUGUGCAGCUAGAUUUGCUUCAGGUAUCGGAUGCCUUUUCAAUACUAAGAACUGCAACUGUUGAGAAUUGUGACUUUUCAUUUGCUUUUGUGGCUAAAGUCUUAAAAUGAAUCACACAGUCCAUUUUCACUGGAGAGCAGGGAUGUGAGGGAGUUACUGUCCCAUCUCAAUUCAGAAUUGCUUCCAGAAGACACUGAAUAGUUGAAAAAAUUUCAGCUGCAGUUGUUACUGGCCUUUCAAGAAUGAUCUUUCUUGUUCACAGGUUUAGACAGUUGGCACCUGAACUUUGUAGAACUGUAGAAAACAUGACUGAAAAUAGGCCCCUCCAGUUCAGAAUGUAUCCAGUGCCUGUAGGUAAAGGGCUGGCGUUUCCACUAGGUAAAAAUGGAACACACGUAGUGGAAAGGAAAUUCAUUGUGAGCCUUAAUUUUAGUUACAGGAGCCAAAAUCUUUAUUUUAGUGCCAACCCUUAUCUUGUUAAGCCUAGGAGGAGUUGGUGUGAACACCAAAUUUAUAAAUGGAGAAAACCUGUAGUGUUGAGAGGAAUGUAAUCUCUUGUCUGAGAGAAACAAAGCACCUCCAUUAAAAAUAACAAAAUAAGCUUCUUCCUCUGAUGAGGACACAUAAUAACAAUGAGCUAUAUAAGACAGCAACAGUUUAAGAAACCUAAAGCUUUAUAUGGACAGAUAUGUUUAGGGGAUGCUUUUUUUUUUUUUCUCUCUUAUGUGAGGAAAAAGGCAAUUGUUUUGAAUAUGGUUGAGUUGCACAAGUACAGAGAGCGUGUGUGUGUCUUAAUGUCUCAGUAUUGCCUUUGUUAGUCUCUUUAUUAGUCCAUGCAGUUUGGUGGCCUGGUAAAUGCAAGUCUUAUUUUUAACAGCUUUCUUUUUCCUUUUUUUUUGUUGUUUUUUUUUU